AUGAGAAUCAAAAAUAUAGAUGACUGCUUAACAUUACUUGUUACAAAUCAUAUCUAUGAAUCCUUUCAAAAAUUGUUCAAUGAACGAGAAUCUCAUUUUCAUAAUGUCACUAAAAGAAGACAUAUACAAAAAUUCUCGAAACUCAAAGAAAAGAAACAACCAAAGAAAACCUCAACAAAUGAUAUGGGGAAUAUUAGAGCCAUACAUAACAUGUCAGACAAGAUACUAACCGAAAAUGAAAUCUCAUUACUACAGAAAGGUUUGAAUUUCAAUAUAACUAGAAAGCCAUUAUCGGUCCAGGAAAUAGCACCUAUGAUUGAACCUGCUCUACAACAACUCACCAAUGAAGAAUCACAAUCUGCUCGUCAAAAGAUAUCACACAUAUUAAUGACACAACGAAACAUAACAUCUAAUCUCACCAAACAAGAAUAUGAAGCCUUAAGAAAUUUGAAGAAAGACAAAAGCAUCGUCAUAACGAAAGCCGACAAGGGGAACGUCACUGUGAUAAUGAACAGAACGGAUUAUGAAAAGAAAGCGAUUGAACACCUAUCUGAAGGACCAUACUUACUCAUUGAAGAGAAGAAGAAAUCCGCCGAAUUCAACAAAAUGAAACUAAAUACAAACAGACUACUUCAAGAAAUGAAACCCAAAAUUGGAAAUUCGCUCUGGUUUACACUAAAACCAAAAUCUUAUAUACCUUCAAGAUUCUACGGUCAACCAAAGAUACAUAAACCCACAGUUCCACUAAGACCAGUGAUAGAUUUCACCAACUCACCAACAUACAACCUUUCUAAAUACUUACUCUCGAUACUACAACCACUACAAAAGGACACUCAAAAUAUUGUAAAAAAUUCAUAUGAUUUCAAAUCCCAAAUAGAACACCGAGAAAUUGAUAAAGAAGACAUUAUGGUAAGCUAUGAUAUUAACUCACUAUAUACUAGCAUCCCUAUUACCGAAAGUCUUGACAUCAUUUCCAGUCUACUAGAAUCAGAUACAACGCUAUCACAAAGAUGUCCACUGGACACCAGUGAAAUAAUUAAGAGCCUAAAAUUCUGUCUGGAAAGUAAUUAUUUUACAUUCAAAGGGAGUUUAUAUAGACAGACAAAUGGUGUUGCUAUGGGUUCACCAGUCUCCCCAAUAGUCGCCGAUCUUUACAUGAAUAAAUUCGAAAAUAAUAUCUUUUCAAGCAUACUCACUCCUAAAAUAUGGUUAAGAUAUGUGGAUGAUACUUUUGUAGUACUAAAACGGGAUCUACACAAUUCAUUCCUGGAGAAAAUAAACUGUGUAUCUCCCAAAAUCCAGUUCACUUCGGAAGCAGAAUCAGACAUCGGUGAACUUCCAUUUCUAGACUGCCUAGUUAAGAGAAAGGAAAACGGACAUUUUAGUAUAUCCAUAUUCAGGAAGAAAACCCACUCCAACAAAUAUUUAGACUUCAAAUCAUCACACCCCAUCAGCGCAAAGAUUUCAGUUGUUUCAAGUCUUCUUAGACGAGCACACUCCCUGAUAACAGAUGAGCAAGAAAAAGAAGAAGAAAUUUCAAACAUCACUAAAACUCUCAAGCAAAACAACUACCCAACGAACUUCAUCAACAAAAUCAACACAAACAUUAAGUAUGGCCGAAAAUGCAUUCCGAAAACAUGGACUUCAACAGUCGUCAUUCCAUAUAGAGCAGAGACAUCAGACGAUAUCAGAAGAGUACUUAAUCAACUCGACAUUAGAGUUUUCUUCAAAACAUCGGACACACUUCAAAACAACCUUGUCCAUAUAAAAGACCAAAUCCCGAAAGAUUCUCUAUCUAAUUGUGUCUACAAAAUAAAAUGCUCGGAAUGUGAUGCGAUCUACAUCGGACAAACAUCUCGAGAAAUCAAAAUCAGAAGAAAUGAACACCGUAGAGCUUCUCUUCGACCACCAAGAAAUCCAGUUGAACUGGAAAAACUUCAAAAAUCAUCAGCCAUAGGUCUACAUGCUAUAGAAUCAGGCCACAAAAUUGAUUUUGACAAUAUUGAAAUAAUCCAGAAAAACUUCAGAAACCACAAAGAACGUCUAAUAUCAGAAGCACUUCAUAUCAAGUGGAAUCCAAAUUGCCUGAAUAGGAAUGAUGGACUGAAACAGAAUCUAACCUGGCUACAACACCCUCCCCCAUGA